CAUUAGUGACACUGACAGUAAAAUAACCUAAAACCUUAGUUUAGUUUUUUAUUUCUAAUUUCUAUUUCUGUACUCCUGCUUCUAAAUUGUAAGAGUGGAGUUGAUUUUAGCAAUAUGUUUCUAACUCUAAGGUUAUUGUCGAAUCGACACCCUUCGUUUAUUGCACGUACAGUUUUCGUUAAAGACAAUAAUGUUGAUGACGCCUGUCGGCUGAUAAACAGAAUUCUUGGCAAGGAAGGCAUACUCGAGCAGUACAGGCUGACCAGAUAUUAUGAAAAACCAUUUCAGACAAGAAGAAGAGUGAAUCACGAGCGUUGUAAGGCCAUAUACAAUGAGGAUAUGGAGAGAAAGAUACAAUUUGUACUCAGGAAGAACAGACAUGAUCCCUUCCCUGGCUGCUCUUAAACAUUGUAAAUGUAUUUGUUUACAGCUUAGAAAGUGUUCACAUGUGUCCGAAGAGUGCUACAACCAUGUACUGGUGAAUAAGAAACUUUUAAGUAGGUAGCAGUGAUGGGUAGCAAUCUGUUAUUAUUUAUUGUAGUAAGAACAUAAACUUGACAUGAUUAAUUUCUCAAAGGUGCAUAAUGUCACCAGUAAAUAUUUAUGGAUAUUGUAUAAUGUUAUAAGAACCAUAACCAUCAGAAAAUUUUAUAUCUACUGGUGGCACAGUACAUUCAUUAUGACUUUUCAUUAUUUGUAUGUCACUGUAACUUCAACACGAGUGAGCCUUGGUUAUGAAACAUGUAUUUUGUAUAGUUUAUAAAAGAAAUCAAAUUACAUUGUUCUUUAGAGAAUAAAACAUGAUAUCAAAUAGUA